UGGGUGAACCUAUUAUAUCUCGAUAUAUUUCCCCUCCUUGAACUCGACUCGAUACGAUAUUUGAGUUGGUGCCCACCAGACUACCGUUUGUCGCAGGUCGCAGACAGUUGAAUGAAUGAUUGUUCUGUAGCUUGAUGCUCGUACCUUCACAAUAUCGAAGCUUGGCAAUUACCAACAGACGGACAUUUCGGGCAAUUCAAUCACGACGUAGAGGGGAAACUUCGACUUCUUGAUAUCUCGGAUUGUACCCGCCCAAUCAAGAUCUUGCGUCGCGCAACCUCCACCUCGCCAGCACUUCUGUACUCGUUCGGUCCUUCAUCUACGAUUCGCUCGCAGCUGUCUCAACAACGACCAUGCUCACCAUGACAAGGUUGCCGUCCGAUUCCUUCCUGCCGUCGGGCGCUGUGCUUGAUCCAAGCCAACGUUCGAUGCACUUCACCUCUCAUCUCAACGGCCAUUCUUCAACAUCGGUUAUAUCACCACUAUCUCUACCACGUGCUCUUAACCAACUUUCAUACUUCGACGACUCGCAUCUGACGAAUCUACCACCUCCCAAUUAUUCGCAUUCGCCUUUAGUUUCUGUAGUCCCACGAUCUCAUCAACAGCAGCUUUCACCACGCCCGAGUCCACCAGGUGUUCGUGACCAGAGAUCAGCGACCGUAUCCCCAACCAAAUACGGACCUGGGUCUGGCGUAACAUCUCCAUCUACGGAACCAAGUUUAACCUCCCCGCUCGACAUGAGCAAUCUUUCCGCUGCGGACUUGCUACGGCGUAGGGAAGAACAGAACCGAAAGCUACUCGAAAGCUGGCGUGCUGAGCGAGCCAGUAUCGAGGCCAGCCGCGCUCGAGCCGAAGAGCUUUAUCAAGAGGAGCGAGCGAUAAUGGAUGGCGAACGAGCAUUAUGGAUUGAUGAAAGAGUAAGGCUCGAGAAGGACUUGUCGGAAUGGAAGACGAGAGCUGAAGCAGCUGAAAGGGAAAGGGAUCGGCUGUCCGACCUGCUCCGUAAAAUGGGUAGCAAAGCUUCCCCAACGGGAACAGUGGGUGAAGCGUCUCUUGACGGUGUUGUUGAUGCGGCAUCUGCUUCGCAGCCCACCAGCAGGUUUCAAAGCCCCUCGGAUGUCAAGUCCCCAACCUCUCUACCUAGUAACAUACAUAGGUCUACCAUGCCAGAGUCGAAGCCUUUCAUACCCUUAGAUCCUCGUAUGCAGGGUCCAUCGCCGAAGGCGGGAUCUCCAAAAGUUCAACCGGAACGAAUUCCGUCCAUUGACAUUCAGGAGGUCAUUCCUGAGCUCGAAGGAAUUCGCUUAAGGUCAAAUGCUGUUCAGAAAACAACGUUCACCGAUGGAAAGUCGUCUUCGCCCCCAACUGUACCGCAGAAGUUGUCUCCAUCUAAGGACCCGGCUCGCUCGCGCACGAUACCCGGCGAAUUGACAAAGGAAGCGCUCCAAGCUCCCGAGUCCGACAGGCUUACCAUGCAUGCUGGACAUACGCCAAACCACUCCAUGUCUUUAUCUCGGCUUCACACCGUUGACUCUACUGGAGUGACAAAUACAGCUGAUAGUUCUGGUGCCCCAACCCCUAAAUAUCAACCGGCACAGAUAAACGCACUAGGAGAAUUGUCCAAUAGUCAAACAACAGGUCUCUCUGACAGACCCCAUGCUCAGGAUCAAACUGGAGCUGUCGACCCCGAAGUUGACCAAGACCCAGAAUUGAAAGGGCCAUUGCACCUUAAGAAUCUCCCGGCAGCUGAUGAACCAUUCCUCAAGGCUCUAUCUGAUAAGCUUGAGCACGCAAAACUCAACAAUAUUCGCCCACGCGUGCUUAAGCACGAAUCCCCCACUGACUCAGAUGAGUCGACUAAGGAACGCGAGACAUCAAAGGUCGGUGGUGAUGGAGCACACGAUAUUCAGGAUCCCUUGGAAGCUGAAGCUGAACCUGAGGAAGAUAUCCCUCUUAAGCUCAGGACAUCUAGCAACUUUGGCGCACCUCUCGGGCAGCUCCGAAAGCCGUCGGGAUUUUAAGUGCGCUUUAAGCAUGCACUUCAUUCAUAUUUCACAUUCUCUGCUGAUAGCA